AAGCAACAGAUUCUACAUAAAAACGAAUCCAUAUCGAUUGCUUUGAAAAAUUCUCAUAAAUUGUUACAAUCAAGUAUUUUGCAAUCAGAUUUAAAUAUUGACGAAUUAUCUCAAUCUUCUAAUUCCCUUCAACUUCUUUCAAAUAAAUAUCAAUCACUAGAAUUCAUUCUAAACAAAUCCUCCAGAUUAGUCAAAGAACUAGAGCAAGCUGAUCGGAUUGAUAAAAAAAAUAUUAGGUAUGCCUUAUAUUGGUUAACCUUUACGAUCUGCUGGGUAAUAUGGAGAAGACUACUUUCAAAGCCCGUCUUAUUCAUUCUAACUCAAUUUUUAACUAUUUUUAAAUUGGCUUUGUAUUUUCUUAAAUUCUUUCAAAAGAAUAAUUCUCACGAUACAAUUUUGUCUUAUAACUCAAUCUCUACUCCUCAACUACAAUUCUAUCUUCCAACUUUAUCAACAACUGCUACU